AUGGACACAAUAUACGAAGAGGAAAGGGCCAAUAGGAAAGAGAAGAAACGGGAGAGCACAGAAACGUUCGGCACUGGAAGUGGUAGGAAAACACUAGAUGGAUAUACUAAAAGUAAAGAGAAAUGUGAGGGAUUAGAGGAGGCUUUUACCCAGAAGGAUAAAUACAAGCAAUCUAAAAGAAUUAAGUAUGUAUUUGGCACACGGCUCGCACCGCUACAAUGCUACACUGUAACACUGCGGUACGAAGGCACGUCCGCUUCAUUAAUCAGUCUUGCAAUUAUUCACACGCGUCAAGAAAACAAUGAAUGCGCACAGUUUCACUCU